CUAUUUUCUCGUCUAAUUCAAGCGAAUUAUCAUAAAUCCAUGUCUAUACAACAUGUUUUUAUGCUCUGUAUUAAUUUAUCUGUGUUGUGAAGCAGUUCAAGUGCCUUUACACUCAUUAGACUUCGAACUAUACAAGAUAAACGUAUAAAAUAGGUGUGUAUGUACUAUACAGGUGAAAAAGAUGAACGGUGAACUCACAAGCCGGAGUUCCGUUCAGUUACCUCCACCACUCGACUCGAUUUCAACCUGUUGUACACGCAUCACACAAAUUUCCGCUCGAAAUUCCACCAUUUUACUAUCGCAGCUUGUUUUAUCUGCGUAUAUUUGACAACUGAUAAGAUUCAACGCUGCGUAUUCGUAUUGUGAACCCAACUAAGCACACAAAAUGGCUCGUUACUUCAAAGAGCAAGAAAUCGAAGAGUUCAAAGAGUGUUUCUAUCUGUACGCCCGCACAGGGCAGAUUAAAUCCCUGGAUGAGUUGACUUUGAUCAUGAGAAGCUUGGGCCUCUCGCCGACCAUCUCUGAGCUCGCCACAUACCUCAAACAAAAAGGUGGAAAGAUGAUCUUUUCGGACUUUGUCGAAGUGAUGCUGAUACAUUCCCGUGCGGAGGAUCUGCCCAGAGAGGUGGUGAAUGCGUUUAAGGCUGCGGAUCCUCAUGGUAGAGGCACUGUGCCCGCCAAACAACUGCGGAACAUGCUGCAGAAUUGGGGUGAGUGUCUGUCAUCGAAGGAAGUUGAUCGGAUCUUCCGCGAGGCGAACGUGCAGAACAAUUCGAUGGUCAAGUAUGAGGAGUUUGUCAAGAUUGCGUGUGCUCCUGUGCCGGAUUACUACUAAGCAUUGCGAGUACUUCUUGUAAUUUACAACAAGCUAAUUGCUUUAAUUAUAUAAUUAUAAUGAGAUUUUUAUUUGUAUUUGAUCAGAGUGAGCCGAGUUGCAUUGGUUGGGUGACAUUUAUGCGCGUUUUAUUUAUGAAUAAAUAUUUAUAAGGUGA